AUGUCGCAUCGCAUGUCGCAUCGCUCUAAUGUGCACAGCGCGCAUUUCAUAUCGCAUCGCGUAUCGUAUCGCAUAUCGCAUCGCAUAUCGUAUAGCGCUAAUCUCGAAGGCAAGGCACGUGAAGCAAUUCCAACAGAAGUCAAUUCAGUCCGACAAAUAAAAGAUGCGAUGAGAAACAGAAUAAAGCCAGACAACUCGAAAGUUGUAGCUGGGAAAAUUGCAUCUUUACAUGUCACAAAUAACAAUUAUACGGAAUUUGCUAAGCGUGUCGAGGAACUUUCGGAUGAAUUAGAGCGUUAUUUGAUCAUUGAAGGUAUGACACAAUCUAAGGCCCAUGAAAUGGCAGUCGAGCAAACAGUUAACGUUUCUAGACUUAAUACUCGGUCGGAUUUGGUUAAAUCAAUUUUAUCGUCAACUACCUUCAGUGAUUCAAAAGACGUAGUGGCAAAAAUGAUAGUCGAACAAAAUAAUCAAGUUAAAGAGCUUCAAGUGUACAAUAAUAACGGUAAUAUUAAUCGUUCAUCAAACAACAAUAAUCGAAAUAAUAACAACAACAAUAAUAGUAGUAGACGUCCAAAUUCACGCAAUAAUGCUAAUGUGCGCGCUUUAAACGUUCAUGCCCCUCAGGAGCGAACACUGAGGGCGGAAGAAUUGGACAAUUAA